GGAAGCGUUCAGUUGUGCCAAAAUGGCUUAUCAGACUGUUCAACAGGAAUAUUUACAGAUUCCUUUUGUGACUCGGGCAUACACAACUGCCUGUGUCCUGACUACCGCUGCUGUGGAAUUGUGUCAACAAGCAGUGCGACUUGUUUCGGCGGAUGCACGGCUCUCUGCCUUUGCCUCUCCCGAGUCCGUACGGGAGUUGCAGCGAUGGGACGAGACUAACUACCAAUUGGAUACCACGAAAAUGGCAAUUAGAACUCAUCACACCUUUCCAACUAUACUUCAAUCCUGAUUUGAUACUAAGGAAUUAUCAGGUAUGGAGACUCAUAACCAACUUUUUAUUUUUCGGUCCAGUUGGCUUCAACUUCCUUUUCAAUAUGAUUUUUUUGUACCGAUACUGUCGUAUGCUGGAGGAGGGCUCUUUCAGGGGCCGCACCGCUGACUUUGUCUUUAUGUUCCUCUUUGGUGGCCUUUUGAUGACUAUAUUUGGCACCUUUGUGAGUCUGGUGUUCUUGGGCCAAGCCUUCACCAUCAUGCUGGUGUACGUGUGGAGCAGGCGCAACCCCAAUGUUCGCAUGAACUUCUUUGGUCUGCUGAACUUUCAGGCGCCCUUUCUCCCGUGGGUGCUCAUGGGGUUCUCUCUGCUGCUGGGGAACUCUAUCAUUGUGGAUUUACUAGGUAUCGCUGUGGGUCAUGUCUACUUCUUUCUUGAGGAUGUAUUCCCAAACCAGCCAGGUGGUGGCAGAUGGCUCAAGACUCCUUUUUUUCUUAAGAUGCUGUUUGACACUCCAGAAGAAGAUGCCAACUACAACCCCCUUCCCGGGGAGCGUCCAGGGGGGUUCGCAUGGGGAGAGGGACAGCGCCUCGGGGGUUAACCUAGCCCCCCACCACAGGAUCACUUUAUUAUGGACAUUCCCUUAGCGAGACAGGGGGACAAACUUGAUCUUUAAAAAAAAACGUAUUUCUCUAGUUCUGAUUGGAGAACGCCAGUAUCCAACCAGAGCUUUUCUGAGAUUGGUGUGUGGCUUACAUCUCCCUCAAACUAUUCUAUAAGCCAGACUGUCACUUUAAGACCACAUGAGGAAGUAACAACAGCAAGGGACUUUUGAUGGGGAACCUUUGGUUGUGUUGAUGUUUGGCUUUAUCUCUGGGGGAAUAUUGUCAAUAUGGGAAACUGAGGCAAAAAUCUGAAUGAAUUCAGAUCUGGGUUUUUUUUUUUUUUCAUUUUACUUCAAUAAAUAUAUAUAUAAUUAACGUGUGGCAUAUAUUGCUGGA